UUACGGUAACCAUCUUCCGCUGUUUUCCCGUUUUCUCCUGUGUAGUGUAACUGAGUGGAAUCGGACUGAGUGCCUGCCUGGGAAUUUAAGCACAAUAGCAGCCGCUGCCAUGGCUGAACGCCGCGCCUUCGCUCAGAAAAUCAGCAGGACUGUGGCAGCAGAGGUCAGGAAACAGAUAGCUGGUCAGUAUGGGGGAUCACCACAGCUUUUCAAAAACCUCAAUGUUGGCACCACAACGAGUAACACGGUUCCCCUCACAGAGGCUGUGGAGCCAGUGGAUUUUGAGGAGUACCUCAUCAGUCACCCUCCCAUCAUUGAGUCCGGUCCUCUGAGGGACCUGAUUGAGUUUCCCCCAGAUGACAUUGAAGUCAUCUCCACACCCAGGGAGUGUCGUACAGUGGUCCAAGCUGUCCCAGAGGAAGGCGACACCGUUCCCCAUGUCAGAGACUGUGUCAGGUCCUACACAGAGGACUGGGCCAUCGUCAACAGAAAAUACCACAAGCUUGGUACAGCUUUUAACCCCAACACUCUGGACAAGCAGAAGGAGCGUCAGAAAGGACUUCCCAAACAAGUGUUUGAGGCUGAUGAGAUACCAGACAGCAGCAGCUACCAGGAUGACCAGGAUGACCUCAAGCGACGGUCAAUGUCCAUAGACGACACUCCUCGUGGCAGCUGGGCCUGCAGCAUCUUUGACUUGAAAAACUCCCUACCCGACGCACUACUCCCCCACCUCCUUGACCGAGCCCCCAAUGAGGAAAUUGACAGACACAAUGAAGAGCAGCGCAAGUCCAGCCGCCAUCGCGAGCUCUUUGCACUCCAUCCUGCCCUCGAUGAGGAAGAGCCCAUUGAGCGCCACUGUGUGCCUGAAGUACCUAAAGAACACUUUGGCCAGAGGCUACUCGUCAAGUGCUUGUCCUUGAAGUUCGAGAUCGAAAUUGAACCCAUAUUUGCUAGUUUGGCCUUAUAUGAUGCCAAGGAAAAGAAAAAGAUAUCGGAGAACUUUUUCUUUGACCUGAAUUCCGAGCAGACGAAGGCAAUGCUGCGUCCACACAUUCAGACAGCCGCCAUCUCCACUCUGGCACGUUCAGCGAUAUUCUCCAUCACGUACCCUUCUCAGGAUGUCUUCCUGGUCAUAAAGCUGGAGAAGGUGCUGCAGCAAGGUGAUAUUGGAGAGUGUGCGGAACCCUACAUGGUCUUUAAAGAGUCAGAUGCUGCCAAGAAUAAAGAGAAGCUGGAGAAGCUCCGCAGCCAGUCCGAGCAGUUCUGCCAACGUCUCGGUCGUUACCGUAUGCCUUUUGCCUGGACAGCCAUUCACUUAAUGAACAUUGUCAACAGCGCUGGCAGUCUGGAGAGGGAUACAGAGCUGGAGAUGAGCCUCUCAGAGCGAAAAGGAUCAUGGUCAGAACGGCGGAACUCGAGCAUCAUGGGAAGGCGUUCUCUUGAAAGAACCACAAGUGGGGAUGAGGCAUGCAGUUUGACAGGCUUCAGACCUGCCACACUGACCAUCACCAACUUCUUCAAACAGGAGGGGGACAGACUGAGUGACGAGGACCUUUAUAAAUUUCUAGCUGAUAUGAGGAGGCCUUCUUCUGUGCUCAGGAGACUUCGACCCAUCACAGCUCAGUUAAAGCUGGACAUUUCUCCAGCUCCAGAGAAUCCCCACUAUUGCCUGACUCCUGACCUCCUGCACGUUAAACCUUACCCAGACAGCAGAGUGCGACCCACCAGGGAGAUCCUGGAGUUUCCUGCCAGGGACGUCUAUGUGCCAAACACCACAUACAGAAAUCUUCUGUAUGUCAACCCUCAGAGUCUUAAUUUCGCCAACCGUCAAGGCUCUGCUCGCAAUAUCACAGUGAAAGUGCAAUUUAUGAAUGGAGAGGACCCAAGCAAUGCAAUGCCGAUUAUAUUUGGGAAGUCCAGCUGUGCAGAUUUCUACAGAGAGGCUUACACUUCUGUGGUGUACCACAACAGAUCCCCUGACUUUCAUGAUGAGAUCAAGAUCAAGCUGCCUGCCUCUCUUUCGGACCCCCAUCAUAUUCUCUUCACCUUUUACCACGUCAGCUGCCAGCAGAAGCAGAACACACCAUUGGAGACUCCUGUGGGAUACACGUGGAUUCCCAUGUUGCAGAAUGGCCGUCUGAGGACAGGACAUUUCUGUUUGCCUGUGUCUCUGGAAAAGCCACCACAGUCCUACUCUGUCCUUUCCCCAGAUGUUCCCCUGCCAGGGAUGAAGUGGGUGGACAACCAUCGAGGAGUAUUCAACGUAGAAGUGGUGUCUGUUUCGACCAUUCACACACAGGACCAGUAUCUGGAUAAGUUCUUUGCCUUGGUGCAUGCCCUGGAUGAGCACAUGUUCCCAGUCAGGAUAGGAGACAUGCGCAUCAUGGAAAAUAAUCUAGAAGCUGAGCUCAAAUCCAGCAUUGCUGCACUCAACUCUUCCCAGCUCGAGCCAGUGGUUCGAUUCCUUCACCCUCUACUUGAUAAGUUGGUGUUACUGGUUGUACGGCCACCAAUUAUUGCUGGACAGAUUGUGAAUCUAGGCCAGGCAUCUUUUGAGGUCAUGGCAUCCAUAGUGAAUCGUCUUCAUAAGUAUCUGGACACCAGUCAGGACAUGCACGGCCGCAACAGCCUGCUGUCCUCUUAUAUCCACUACGUCUUCCGCUUGCCGAACACCGACCCCAACUCGCCCUCACCAGGUCCAGGAGGGCUGGGAGGUUCAGUUCACUAUGCCACCAUGGCUCGCUCAGCUGUCCGACCAGCCAGCCUCAACCUCAACCGCUCCCGUAGCCUUAGCAACAGUAACCCUGACAUCUCUGGCACGCCCACUUCUCCUGAUGAUGAGGUCCGUGCAAUCAUUGGCAGCAAGGGUUUAGACCGAUCCAACUCGUGGGUGCACACCAUGGGCUGUAAGAGUGCUCCCUGGGGAUCCAGCCCUGGGUCAGCUCCAGAAACCAUGCAGGCCAUGGAGCGCUGUGGCAAUCGCAUGUCUUCGCACACUGAGAGCGCCAGUUUCUUGCAAACUUUAACAGGACGGUUGCCCACCAAAAAGCUCUUCCAUGAGGAAUUGGCCCUCCAGUGGGUGGUGAGCAGUGGAAGUGUGAGAGAGGGAGCUUUGCAACAGGCCUGGUUUUUCUUUGAACUCAUGGUGAAGAGCAUCAUCCACCACCUGUACUUCACUGACCGCUUAGAAUCGGCCAGGAAGAACCGCUUCCCAGAACGCUUCAUGGAUGACAUCACAGCUCUAGUCAGCACCAUCGCUGGUGACAUAGUGUCUCGAUUCCAAAAGGAUCUGGAAUUGGUGGAGAGACUAAACACUAGUCUGGCUUUUUUUCUUAAUGAUUUGUUGUCAGUUAUGGACCGAGGAUUUGUUUUCACCCUAAUCAGGGCGUACUGGAAACAGGUGUCCACAAAGCUUUAUGCUCUGCAGAACCCAACCUUGGAGUCUUUGAGGCUUGAUUUCUUGAGAAUCGUUUGCAGUCAUGAACACUACGUGACUCUUAAUCUGCCCUGCAGCCUGCUCACCCCACCUGCCUCACCUUCACCGUCCGUGUCUUCUGCAACCUCACAGAGUUCAGGGUUCUCCACACAUGUCCAGGACCAAAAGAUUGCCAACAUGUUUGAGCUGUCCGUUCCCUUCAGAGAGCAGCACUAUCUGGCUGGACUGGUUCUGUCUGAGCUGUCUUUAAUACUCGACCCCGACAACGAUGGGAUGUUUGGUCUGCAUAAGAAGGCUGUGAGUGUUGUUCAUAACCUCCUGUCCAGCCACGAUUCUGACCCACGCUAUGCCGAUCCUGAGGUUAAGGCUCGGGUAGCCAUGCUUUAUCUGCCUCUUAUUGGCAUCGUCAUGGAAACACUGCCUCAGCUUCAUGACUUUACAGAGUCACAUAACCAGUGGGGUCGGUCAGGAGGCCCCCAGGGGACAAUGGUGAGCAACAGUGGAGAAGAGGCAGAAACAGAGGCCAACAGCAUGAUCAGCCAGACUGUCGCUAUGGCAAUAGCAGGAACGUCACCAAUAUCUCGGCCAAGCAGCAUUUUGCUCAACUCGCAGGCGGGUCGUCAGCACGGUAACUUCUCAGCUGAGUCGAGUCGCAGUCUGUUGAUCUGUCUGUUGUGGGUUUUGAAGAAUGCUGAUGAGCUGGUGUUACAAAAGUGGUUUACAGAUCUGUCAGUUUCCCAACUCAACCGCUUGCUGGAUCUCCUCUACCUCUGCGUCUCCUGUUUUGAAUAUAAGGCCCAUGUUGUGUUCACCAUGCAGGGGAAGAAGGCGUUUGAACGGAUGAACAGUCUGACCUUUAAGAAAUCCAAAGACAUGAAGGCCAAGCUGGAGGAGGCCAUACUGGGCAGCAUUGGUGCCAGGCAGGAGAUGGUGAGGCGCAGCCGAGGACAGCUAGAGCGGAGUCCUUCUGGCAGUGCUUUUGGCAGUCAGGAGAAUCUGCGUUGGAGGAAGGACAUGACCCACUGGAGACAGAACAGUGAAAAGAUGGACAAGAGUCACAGAUCAGUCAGGACCAGAGCAGAACUAGAACAUGAAGCACUUAUUGAUGGAAACCUUGCAACAGAAGCUAAUUUAAUUAUACUUGAUACUUUGGAGAUUGUCGUGCAGACGGUAUCAAUGACAGAAUCCAAGGAGAGCAUCUUAGGUGGGGUGCUGAAGGUUCUGCUCCACAGUAUGGCCUGCAACCAGAGUGCCCUCUACCUACAGCACUGUUUUGCCACACAAAGAGCACUGGUGUCAAAGUUUCCUGAACUGCUGUUUGAGGAGGAGACCGAGCAGUGUGCUGAUUUGUGCUUACGGCUGCUGAGGAGCUGCAGCAGCAGCAUAAGUACGAUCAGGGCCCACGCCAGUGCCUCCCUCUACCUCCUCAUGAGGCAGAACUUUGAGAUUGGCAAUAACUUUGCCAGGGUCAAGAUGCAGGUGACCAUGUCGCUUUCCUCACUGGUGGGAACUUCUCAGAAUUUUAACGAGGAGUUCUUGCGUCGCUCUCUAAAGACCAUCCUCACUUAUGCAGAGGAGGACUUGGAGCUGAGAGAGACAACUUUCCCAGACCAGGUCCAGGACCUUGUGUUCAACCUGCACAUGAUCCUCUCUGACACAGUGAAGAUGAAGGAGCACCAGGAAGAUCCUGAGAUGCUGAUAGAUCUCAUGUACAGGAUUGCCAAAGGCUACCAGACGUCUCCAGACCUGCGGCUGACGUGGCUCCAGAACAUGGCUGGCAAACACUCAGAGAGGAACAACCACGCCGAGGCUGCUCAGUGUCUGGUGCACAGCGCUGCCCUGGUGGCAGAAUACCUCAGCAUGCUCGAGGACCGCAAGUAUCUGCCUGUUGGCUGUGUCACCUUCCAGAACAUUUCCUCCAAUGUGCUGGAGGAAUCUGCAGUCUCUGAUGACGUGGUUUCCCCAGAUGAAGAAGGAAUUUGUUCAGGAAAGUACUUCACUGAGAUUGGCCUGGUGGGACUCCUGGAGCAGGCUGCUGCUUCUUUCUCCAUGGCAGGCAUGUAUGAAGCUGUCAAUGAAGUGUACAAGGUACUGAUUCCUAUCCAUGAAGCCAACAGGGAUGCAAAGAAGCUUGCUACCAUUCAUGGUAAACUGCAAGAAGCCUUUGGCAAAAUUGUUCAUCAGAGUACUGGCUGGGAGAGAAUGUUUGGUACGUACUUCAGAGUUGGAUUUUAUGGUACGAAAUUUGGCGAUUUGGACGAACAGGAGUUUGUGUACAAAGAACCCGCCAUCACCAAGCUAGCAGAGAUUUCCCACAGGCUGGAGGGCUUCUAUGGAGAGAGAUUUGGAGAAGAGCAGGUGGAGGUCAUUAAGGAUUCAAACCCAGUGGACAAGUGCAAGCUGGACCCAAAUAAGGCGUUCAUCCAGAUCACAUACGUGGAGCCGUACUUCGACACGUACGAGAUGAAGGACCGCAUCACCUACUUCGACAAGAACUAUAACUUGCGGCGUUUUGUGUACUGCACCCCCUUCACCCUGGAUGGGCGAGCCCAUGGGGAUCUUCACGAGCAAUACAAACGCAAGACUAUCCUCACCACGUCCCACGCCUUCCCCUACAUCAAGACACGCAUCAAUAUCAUCCACAAAGAGGAGAUUAUAUCCACGCCGAUUGAGGUGGCAAUCGAGGAUAUGCAGAAGAAGACUCAGGAGCUGGCCUUCGCCACCCACCAAGACCCUGCUGAUGCCAAGAUGUUGCAGAUGGUCCUGCAAGGGUCCGUGGGGACGACCGUGAACCAGGGACCUCUGGAGGUGGCUCAGGUCUUCUUGUCUGAGAUUCCAAGUGACCCAAAGCUGUACAGGCACCACAAUAAGCUUCGGCUCUGCUUCAAAGACUUUACAAAGAGGUGUGAAGAUGCCCUGCGGAAGAACAAAAGUCUCAUCGGUCCAGACCAGAAAGAGUACCAGAGGGAACUGGAGAGGAAUUACCACCGCCUGAAGGAGGCGCUGCAGCCCCUCAUCAACAGAAAGAUCCCCCAGCUGUACAAACCCGUCCUGCAGGUCAAUUCGCACAGAGACUCCUUCAGCAGACUGAGCCUUCGCAAGCUGGACAUAUAAAGACGAUGACAUAACACACACAUGCACACACGUAUAGCAGAAAUUGCAAUAUUAAUUUAUUACAGAGUGUAAAUAUGAGCGCAUCAGUCAGUGUUUCUGAGAGUUUGCUAAAAGAAAGUGUUGCAGCUUGUUACGUCAUUCCAGCAUCUUAAGUUGUUUACAGACUGUUUCACAGUCAGCUCGAACAAAGACGAAACCGAUCCCUUGACUUUUAAAAUCAAUUUGUCCUAUGUCUUUCAUUAAAAACACGCACGUUAACUGUAAUUCUUUCAAGUGGCUCUAAGCUAAGCUAGCAGAAUGCAUAACUGUUUGUAUUCAUGAGGAGCAGCGUUCUGAUUUCUCCUUAUUAAUUAAAGUGCCAAAAAUUCAAUUUCACAACCAAAUUAAGUUAGCAUUUUAAAAGUCAAGGUAUCCUUUUGAAAUGGUACGAUAUGUCAAAUCUGUAUUCAGCUUCAUUUGUGCACUUUUUUUUUUACGAUGUCACAACGCAGUUUAUGAUGAUGAGCAUUAAUGUCAUUCUCGGAGGAAAAACCAGAGAACAUGCAAAAAAUGGUACUUUUAUUUAUCAUAAUGCUUUAUGGUGGUUUUUAUUUGAAGUUACAAUGUUUAAAAGUUAGGUAAACAUCCUUGUAUAAUUUGAUGUAGUUGUUACUUGAAAUAUUUUGCUAAAUAAAUAUUUUAAUGUUAAUUUUCA